AUGCCGCCAACAGACAAACAGUUGCCCACUAGCAGCGGCUCAUCCACUGAGGGAGUGACUGAAGAGCAACGCAGCAACGUUUCGACAGCUCCGAUGUCAACCAAGGAUAAACUAUGGGUGUAUCUGACCGGAAACGUUCGCCCUACCAUCUUGGCUGAAAUCCAGCUCCUUAUUCUCACAUUCUGCAUUGGUCUUCAAGAUGCUGUUUCUUUCCCUGACUUCCAUUGCUUCGCCUCUAAUCAAACUGGCAACACGGUCUUCCUCAUUUUGGCCCUCGUCUUCCCCAAUUUGGAUGGUGACAUCUUCGAGACUCCCAACAUCGGUGUUGCCCUUGGGUUCUUCCUUCUUUCGGCUUACAUUACUGGCCAGCUUGGACAUCUCGUCGGGCCUCGUCGCCGUGCAUGGCUUAUCUUCAGCAACCUUGUGCAGACUGGUCUGGUCUUCGCGGCAGCUGGAGUCCAAUAUUCUCAAUUGGAUGAGAACAACGAACUGCCUGUGAAAGGAACUCGCACUCUCCUUGCCAUCGGUUUCUUGGCCAGCGCCGCGGGAAGCCAGGUCGUGCUCUCGCGAUCUCUUCGCCUGCAGGAGAUCACCACUGCCAUGGCCACCGCCGCGUGGCUGGACCUGGUGAUCGAUCCGAAGCUGUUCAAGCUCCACAACCGCCCGAGGAACAGGAGGGCUGGGUUCUUAAUCAUCUUCAUUCUGGGUAUCUUGGCUGGUGCUUACAUCUUCAAGAGACACAGCUCGCCGGCUGCCCUUGUGGUGUCCGGUUCUGGGAAGGCCUUGGUGACGCUAAUGUUCUUCUUCAAUUCUGCGGAAAAGCCAAAGAGCGGUGAUGAGGAGGCUGAGUCGGGUACCGUACCCGAACCUAAUAAACUUGGCAUUCUUGAGCUGCUGGCACCUGGAAACAUUAGACCAUCCCACCAGGAGCAGACCCCGCCAAGCUCGCAUUUCUCUUCCCCACCUUGGAAGCUGGGCCAGCACCUGACAACGCGUCUCACGUUGGAGCGGGACGCGUCUCGCGGUGGAUUUCCCGGUUUGCAUGGAAAGAUCCCCGCGCAAGCUCGUAUCACAUCCCAAGCCCCUUGGCUCCAGAACCUCUUCCUGGGUUUUGUCGUCACGCUCACUGGACAUUUGCAUGCCCGACUUGCGACGGCGCGCGGUUGCAGGCUGGGACCGCCGUUCGGACUCGACUUGAUGACGAAAAACAAUCUCCGCGAGCAUCUUGGCUGGUUGCUGCAGAGCGUGUCGCGGUCACCGCCGUCGGGUCCCGAGUUUCCUACAGUGCUUGAUGCGGGCGACACCUUCGAGCCCAAUGCCCCUGAUGUCUCGACGAACUCCUCCAGCGCACUUGGUGCGUCUGGCGUGGGAAACCGCAUCGCUCGGCCUGCUGCGAGGUGUCACAACACCACCGAGCCCGCAGCCUCCGCCGAGUCUUUGACGGGGCAACAGUCAUCCCAACAACAUCGCAGGCCUGACCACCAGCCUUCUCGCGCCGCAUCUGCUUUAUCCUUCCAGUCUGGCUCUCACUCGAACCUGCCCUCCAACACCUCCAAAUCGUUUCCCAACACUCGCCCUACCUCUUUUUCCGAUACUCACUCUAAUGCCACACUCUCCACCACACGUCCAGAGCCAAAUCAAGCCGCAUCCAACACUAGGUUGCAAGAUGCUAACGAGAAAUCGCUUAAACGAAAGAUGGAGAGCCGACCUCUAAACACCAGCUUCGAUCGCUCAACACUAGCACCAGGUGUUAAACAACAGCAACCCAUGCCGACCCCGGCACCGACUACUAGCACAACCACGCCAACUGGUCCUGGGCCUUUGCAGAGAGCUUACUCCGACAUGAUCAUCACCCAGAACCCAUCAAAGUUUAGAUCUGAAUCGCCUUUCGCCACUGGUUCUACAAGGCGUGCCUUUCCUGCUGCCCAAUCCGGUAUCGCUGCCGACAUCUCCGUGGGCGACGAUAUCUUAGAGGAUGCUCUGGACCUGACCGAUGCCGAUGCAUUUGAUUCCAGUUCAGUGGCGGCAUUUGGGGAAGAGAGGACAAUGUGGAAAGAGGAUUAUGCUGAACGACCUGAGUCUAUCUCCAGCCGGACACUUAAGGCGAAACGCGACAGUCCCAGGUUGGACACUACAGCAACAAAGCCCAGCUUAUCCAUGCAAGAAGAGUUUCCGGAUAUUGAGGAUUUGAUUUCCCCAUCAGCAGUCCCAAAGCCGACCUCAAGGCCGAAAUACUCGAGUUUUGUUUUCUCCGAUGUCUCCUCAUCAUCUCCAGUCUCUGCAACCGUUACAUCGUUGGCCAAUAAGUCCUCUAUUUCCAUGGACUCGGUCACUCACCAAGGUCAAGAUUUUGGCUCGGUUGCCGGGAGGUCUCGGGCUAGCAUGACUAGGACUCCCUCUCCACAGCCAGAACAUAUCGGGCGGAAGCGAAAGAGCCCUUCAUCUCCUGUUCCGGAUAGGAUUGCAGAAGCCGAUCCAGAGAACUCUGCUUCAGUUCAAGCAAGCAAUAAAACUAAGAGGAGCAGGCAUGAUAUUGUCUGGGACUCAGAGGAUGACUUUGCAAGCCCACCGACAAUCCGAUCAACCAUGGUGAUUGACCCAAGCCCGGAGACCACAAGCAUGGACCAUCGCAUGGAUAUUGAUGAGGCUUCCUUAUCCAUCGCAGAAACUCCAGUGAAGACCUCACGGCUCUUGAAUACUUAUCACGCUGUUUGUCAAGGUGCUGCGUCAGAUAAGCAGACAAUGUCAAGUGAGAGUGUGCUGCCAACCGACAAGAGUGAAGAUACAGACCCUCCUGAAAUAGUCCAUCCCGGGGUAGAUGGGCCAAAAAAGAGCUCGCAAAGCUCUUUGAACCCAGAGAUCAAACAUAAUAGCAAACUAUUGGAGCUCUUCCUCGAAAGACCAUCUGUCUUGGAGAUCAAGCGGCUUUUCAUCAAGGAGCAGCUACGCAAGACUCAGGAGGAUUAUAUGCAAAGCUUACAAAAGCGCACAUCAAAGGAAGAGCGCGAAAAAGCCCGCAAUGCUCGGACAGUAUGGAUGGAGAAGCAAAGAGCACUGGAGGCCAUUCCGGACCUUCUUCAAGCUCACAAGGACCUUCUUGCCCAGCGAGAGGCCCUCGUCACCCAGAUGGUCGAAGCCUUUGCAGAGGGUAAGGACCUCAUGACGGAUGAAGAGCGACUGGACUCUUUGAGUGAGGUUAUCAAGGCCAAAGAAAUCGACAUACUCCAGAAUCUUAUCGCCGCUGGCUUCAACGACCUUGACUUUCUUCAGGACCCCAAUGAUUCCAUUGCUGCCCUUGACUCGCCGCAUAAUGUUCCCGUAGUUCUUGCUACACAACCAUCUCACAAAACUGGCCCCAACCAAUGCAUCUCCAUUCCAGAAUACAAUUCUGAGGUCGUUUCUCAAACGCAGCAUUCGCCGCCGAUCCGACCUCAACAGGCCGAGCCUACACAUCAGGCGCAGCCCAGUCGCCCACGUGCUCAGCCAACUGGAAGUGCCCAGGGUACCGUCGACACACCUGUUCUCCCAUCAGCUCGCGCUUUUUCAGGGACGCAAACCCCAGCAACGAACGACCGGGCUGGAGCUUUCAUCUCCACGAAACAGCCAACCGUUAUCGAAAUUAUUGACGACGAUGACUUUGAGGCCGGUCUUUCAACCCCCAUCGGCACUGAAAAUGUGGCACCCUCAGACAGUGAUGGUGCUUUCCAGCCUCCAGUUCAGGUGUCACAGUCUAGUCCUGUUGCGAGAACUCCGGCUAGGAGCUCUGCGAAAACUUUCGUAAACGCUGCUGAAAAGGCUCCCCAAAUGGAUGAUGAAGAGGACUAUUUUGAUGACGAUGACGAUGAAGAGAUGAUUGCAGCCGUUAAUAGACUGGAGCAACAGCACCAUCGCUCUGCUCUCGCAACUGGCCCUGGAAGUAUUCGGGAACGAUCGGUUUUAUCAGAGUCAUCGGGGAACGCCGGUAUUGUUGCAAGACGACGACCUGCAGCAAACACUGUUCCUCUCCAGCGAAAGGCUCUAAGCAUCAAUCCUGCGUUAAUGGUUUAUCCUUGGUCAGAAGAUGUUCGCCGUGCGCUCAAAGACCGGUUCAGGAUGUCGGGGUUCCGCCACAACCAACUCGAAGCCAUCAACGCUACGCUGGCGGGCAAGGAUGCCUUCGUCCUCAUGCCUACUGGAGGUGGGAAGUCACUCUGCUACCAGCUCCCGGCCAUGGUAAACAGCGGUAAGACCCGAGGGAUGACCAUCGUCGUCUCUCCUCUUAUCAGUUUGAUGCACGAUCAGGUCGAACACUUGAAGGCGCUCAACAUCAGGGCCAACACAUUCAACGGUGAACUGAGAUCGGAUCUACGCUCUCAUAUCCUGAACGUGUUCAAUGAGGAAAACCCAGAGCAUUACAUCCAGCUGCUAUAUGUCACUCCCGAGAUGGUUGUCAACAGCGUCGCGUUCAGGAAAGCCUUAGAAUCGCUGUACCGGAAGAAGAAAUUCGCCCGCCUCGUCAUCGACGAAGCUCAUUGCGUGAGCCAAUGGGGUCAUGAUUUCCGCCCUGACUACAAACAGUUGGGGGAGCUUCGACGCAAGUUUCCGGGAGUGCCCGUCAUGGCCUUGACCGCAACCGCCACCCGCAAUGUCAUUGCAGACAUCAAGCACAACCUUUCAAUGGAGAACUGUGAGGUUUUCUCACAGAGCUUCAACCGCCCCAACCUUUACUAUGAGGUCCGCCAUAAGGGCCCACACUACGUUAGGGAUAUUGGGGAAAUGAUCAUCAACAAGUAUCCUGGACAGAGCGGCAUCAUUUACACCCUCUCGCGGCACGCAGCAGAAUCGACAGCUGCCACACUCAAGGAGAAGUUUCACCUUAAAGUCCGUCAUUAUCACGCUCAGAUCGACCCAAGCCUGAAGGUAGAGAUACAGAAUGAAUGGCAAAGCGGCGAAAUCCAAGUCGUCGUUGCCACCAUCGCUUUUGGUAUGGGAAUUGACAAACCGGAUGUCCGCUUUGUCAUCCAUCAGAAUAUCCCGAAAAGUCUUGAGGGUUACUACCAGGAGACAGGUAGAGCUGGUCGAGACGGACAGGGCUCAGACUGUUACCUCUACUUUUGCUGGCAAGACGUUCCCAUUCUCAGACGGCUGAUCAACAACGACCCAGAGAAGCUGCCCGAAGAGAAGGCUCGGCAGCGUGACCUGCUGAACAACAUGAUCAUGUACUGCGAGAGCAAAUACGCUUGUCGUAGGGUCCAGAUCCUGCGAUACUUUGGCGAGCAGUUCGAUCCGGCUGAUUGCAACAACCUUUGUGACAAUUGUAGGGAGGGCCGAACUGGUGCUGGCGGUUUUGAGAAGGUCGAUGUGACCGAGUCUGCUCUAGCCAUCCUUAAAGCCGUUAAACAUACCAAGGAGGCAACUUUAGGCCGCAUCACCGAGAUUGUCACCCUAAACAGGAAUGUGAGGGCAAAUCAACACAUUGAGGGUGCAGGUGUGUGCAAGGGCAUGCAUUCUUACGAUGUCCAUCGGAUCGUCAUGGCUCUUCAUGCAGAGGAAUCCCUGUCGGACUUUACCCGGGUCAGCCAAACCAACAACGUCCCUAUCACGCUUUUCACUCUUGGCAAAAAUGCCAAAGAGUAUUUCGCUGGCAAGCGUCGACUAGAGCUGGAGGUACCUAGCCGUGGAGUCAAAGCUGCUGCGCCUAAGGGCCGCACCGCUGCGGAGUCGGAAGACGAUCGUAGAUCUACUACUUCGAAAAAUUCACGGGCCAAACGACCUCCUCCGUCAACUAAUGUCUCUUCCCCUGUCACAGCUACGUCGAGAAAGAGAAAAGCAAAAUCGACAACAAGGACUUCCGAGGAUGAUGACGAAGAAGCUUUCGAAGAACACGUGGCCCUUCGGCGGCACAGCUCGGGUUACCAGAGAGAUGGCUUUGUCGUUUCCGAUGAAGAGGCGGAUGAUGUCUCCUAUGAACCGGGUCCUUCUCGUCAUCGGGCCCCUUCGAAACAACGGCAGCAAACACUGGAUGAACUUGGUCCGCCCAUCGCCCGCGAUGAGAGGCUCAGUGAAGCCGGCAUCGACGAUGUCCACCGAGAUGUCGUUCAAGCCUUUGUUGAGAAGGCGAAGGAAGUUGAUGAGACCCUCCGCAACCGAAACGGGUUGCGCCGACCCAUUUUCACGGAUCUUCAGUACCGCGAGAUGGCCAUGCGUUGGACCACCAGCGUUGCGAAGAUGUACACCAUCAGGGGCAUCGACAAAACCAAAGUGGACAUGUAUGGUGCGAAAUUUGCCCCCCUGGUUCAGCGUUUCCAUGACCAGUACAUGGAGAUGAUGGGUCACAAGGCCACUGGCCCUUGGGCUGGGGCCGAUAUUAUUUCCUCGCACCACAAGCCUCGUGAGUUUGUGGACCUUGUCAGCGACGAUGAAGAGUUUGAAAUACCCCCCGAUGAUGCCAGGCGCGGUGUGGUCCAUGACCAGGUAGAAGAGAUAGGCGAUGAGUUCUUCGAGGAUGAUGAGGACUUAGACGAGAUUGAAGAUGACGAGGAGGAGGAGCAACUUGAGUCAUCUCGCUACUUUGCCGCGCCGGACACUGAUCCUUCAGGACCGUCGAUGACACAGGCUGAAGCUAAGAGCGUUGAUGCCUGGCACCGACGCUUCCAGCAGCUCCAGGCUCAGAGUGCCAAGAAAUCAUCGUCGAACGCGAACAAGUCCAAUUACAACAAUAACAACAAUAGCCGGCGAGGCGGCGGCCCCGGCAACAACUGGAACAAGAACGGUGGCGGCAAGGGCAAGUCCUAUUACAAAAAGCGCAACUCUGGCAACCGGAACAGCGGUGGUGGGUCUAGCAGCAACUCCAGCAGUGUCGGCAAGCGUCGCAACAACGCUUCUGGGGCGAACAGCAGCUCUCGCAGCAAGGGUGGCGCUUCGGGUUCGGGAUCGUCUUCGAAGAAGGGUGGGUCUGGAAGUGGCGCUGACAGUGGCAUCAGCACCAUGCCUUACUGA